AUGGCGUCGGCGACGUCUAGUUCUGCCCUCGGCCGCGGCAGGACGGGACGCAUCCCUGCAAACCCGGCAAAGAAUGGACAUGGACAUCCCCAAGCUACUCGAACCCUGGUGAUCCCCUCUGGGUCCUCAGCCUUGGCCCCAGGAACGUCGGGGCCCGGAAUGAAAGCCCUUAUUUCCCCUGCCUUGGGAAAUGUAACACCGAUUUCGAAUAUUGAUCUCUUCCUGGCCAAUCUACGUAUUCUAGACUUGGACCUCUUGCCUGACUGGCCUGAUAUCUCGGCCCACACUUUCGCCUCGAGUACAGCCUCCCAAGGCCAGAAACGACGCGUCCAGGCAGUUGAAUGGGCACUCUACCACCUGUUCUUUCUCUGGGACCGCGAUGAGGCUCACAAUAAGCUCGAGCCAUUUUUCCCAGCAGAAGACCAAGUACAGUCAUUAAAUCUUCGCGCCGCUCUUUUACGAUGUCUCGAGCAAGUGAAAAAGAACGGAUUCCUCGGCCGCGACACAGUCAUCCGCAAAACCAUGCUCGACGAGUGCAAAGGCGAUCGGCUCGCCGAGGUUCUGUCCUCGUUCUCCUUCGCGGUUGUAAGGAAAGUAGUAUCUGAUCGGUCGGAGAAGACGGGAGAACAUCCUGCUUUGGCGCAAAGCCUAGCUCUGGAGAAUAGGGGCUACGCUGGGGAACGAACCGAGCUUACGAUUCUGAAGUUUGCGCACCAGGUAUCGCUGAGCAGGGCAUUGCAGAGGAAGAACGACGCGCGCGCCGUGUAUGCCGACUUUUCGGAGCUUCUGGAUGUCAAGGAGCGCGGCCUUGCUCGGAAGAAGGAGCUUGUCAAGAGUAUUGAUGCUCAGGAAGGGACCCAAGAAGUCUCCGAGGCAAAGAAGGCCGAGGUUAUACGCCUCGUAAGGAAUAAUUGGACGGGGAAUGAGCAGUGGAUGGAGACGCUAUUGUAUGGUGACGAAAACUCUCGCCGUGACGGCCUUCUUGGCGCACCAUUCGACAAAGUCUGGAGGAGAAUCCAGGCCGGUCGAUUGUCGGAGCUGGAUGAUCGCGGGACGGGUUUGCUGGAACAAUUAGAAAGUCGGGUCCGGUUCCAUCGUGAGCGAUUGCAAAAAUGGCAGGGUUUCAGGGAUACUCUACUUGGCGAUGCCGCAGGCAAAGAAGUACCCGUCCAUGACACUUCCUCUGCCUCAAAGAAGGGCUUAGGCCUACAGCUUAAUGCCCACCAAGAUCUCCAUCUGGGUUCUAGAAGUUUGCAGGAGGGUGACAAACCAAACGAAGGCCCGCCAUUGAGUCCUGAGUACGCUCAGUUGAUCAGGUCCCUCAAAGAAGACCUUACCGCGCCUGGGAAACCAGCCAGGAAGCCACUCAGCGAACUAAUCCCGAAGCCGGCUAUAUUACCAUCAGAUAGGCUCUCCGUGGUGGAGAAUAGUGAGUCUGAGGCGAUCUCUGAAUUAGAAGAGGCUGAAGCGGAAGUAUCUAAGCCUGUCGAACCUCCCCCGCCCGCCAUUAGGAGGCUGCCCCAACGCAAACCCAGUCACCUUGCCAGGCCAAGCCGAAAGCUAGUCGAAGAAGAGUUGCCUCGCAGGGAAACGCAAACCAAGGAAUUCGAACCGCGCCGUCCACGCCGCGAACUAAGAAUCCCCAAGGCUUACCCAGUCGCCCCAGAGCGAGAGAACGCUGUCUCGCCACCUCCAUCACCGACCCGCUGUCCUGAUCCUGUCCCACCCCCAUUGACUCGGUCUCCAGCAAAGGAAUUGAUAUCAAGAGAGACAACGAGGCCGCGAUGCCCUGACUUAGAACCCCCGACACGAGAACCAAUUAUCAAACUUAGUAAAGAUGAGGAGGAACGCGAGCCUCCUAAAUCGCCAACUCAGCAGGAGGCGGACGACAUACUUGCCUCAAUGAAUAACUCAUCUCCAUCCCCAACCAAACAGCCCCGCCCGAGACACACAUUAUCAUUAGCGGAACGAACUCGACUAUCAAUGGCCAGAAUGUCCCAUUCAAGUAGACUCUUCGAUGAAGAGGAAGAUGGAGAGGCAACUUUAUCACUCCAACGACCAAGGCCAAAGCCGACCCCCGAGCCUAUUAGCGAAGACGGCGCUGAGGAAUACGAGGAUUUAGUAGCUAGAACGAGGAAGAGCAUGGCGGGCUUUGAGGCCGCUCGCCAAAAGGCGCAACUGGAGAGACGCAGGUCACAGAGAAAGUCUCGCGCCCCUGCACGCCGUGAGGGAAGUUAUUUCCCCAAGGUGGAGGAACAUGGACAGGAGGAUACCUCGAUAUUGGCGGAGGAACUGAUGCAGGGAGAACAAAACUACGAGGAUGUGUUCAUGAGCCGACCCAAGAUCAAGGCGAGCCCUAUUCCCUCACCGACAAAAGAAUGGUCGGAUGAGGAUGAGUGA